UCAGCCUGUCAGCCUGUCAGCCAUGACACUGUAUGUAUGUAUCCUUUACCACGUGGUUUGGCGGUUUACGCGAUUUUAUCUCAAUAUAUAUAUAUAAAAGAGGACGAAAUCUAAAAAAAUAAUAAAACGGAAGUGCCUCCACCUCUACCCUCUACUUCUACCACAUUCCAGAGAUGAACACACGUGCCGUAAAAAGAAAUGAGGACAAUGAGGAUGAGCAGAGAUUUGCAGAUGCGAAUGACAUACUAUGUCAUUCGAUAAAACAUCACAUUGAUAAAACAUGUGAAAAAUAUCCUCCAAUUGUCUUCAAGGGUUGUAUUGAAUAUGCUACUGAAUUUGUCGAUUGUGCUUUUAUCUGCAAUAAUCUCAUAGAAGAAAUAAAUCGCAGUGAGGAGAAGGUUAUACCGCUAGGUUUCGAUCUAGAGUGGCCUUUCAAUUUCCAAACUGGCAGUGGAAAGACAGCUCUGGUGCAAAUUUGUCUAGAUGUCGAUGUGUGUUACCUUUUACAUAUUUAUUCCCUGAACAAACUACCGGCAGCCUUCAUCGAACUUCUGUGCCAUUCAAAAGUCAUACUUGUUGGUGUUAAUAUUAAAAACGAUCUGCGGAAACUUGAAAGAGAUUUUAAAGAGUUCCCUGCUCAGAAAGUAGUGGAAAACAAUUGUUUGGACUGCGGGCCGUUUGCUAAUCAACGCUUAAACCGAUCUGGUCGUUGGAGUUUGGAAAGAUUAACUGCUUUAGUGCUAAAAAAAAAAAUUAGUAAGAAUCCUGAGGUACGAAGGAGCAAGUGGCAUGUGCAACCCCUCAGCGACGCCCAGAAGAUUUACGCAGCCACUGAUGCUUACGUAUCUCUUCUAAUUUAUAGAGAACUUCACAACCCGGAUUUACUUAAAUAAACCAACCAAGACGAGAUUGCAAUCAAACGAGGCUGGUAAUGAUAUGAAUUGAUAAUUAAAUCCUAACGAAGUUUCUCAGUUUUAAAGAUUAG